UAGGACUCUUCAGUCUGCAGGCUGAUGCUCUAACCACUGAGCCAAAUCAGCCAGGGUUCUACUUUAUAAAUUUGACUUAGUUUUGAGAUUACCAUUCCUUGCUAUAGUCAUUUCUAAAAUAUUUUGCAGUCCUCACAUUUAUCAUUUCUAGUGGCAGUAUAUUCCAUUGCAUUAGUAUACCAUUCUCCCCCACAGACAAACAUUUGGGCUAUUUCCAGAUUUUAGCUCUAAUAUAUAACUGCAACUAUAAAUAUCUUUGUAAAAUAUAUAUAUAUUUCUUUUGAAUUAUGUCUUUGUAAUGCAGUGCCCAGAGUGGGAAUACUGGGUCAGAAGCUGUCAUUUAACAACUUUUCUCAACAGAAUUCCUCUCUGAAAGGCUGUACCAGCAUGCUCCUAGCAAUGUAUAGCCAAACCCAAACCCUUCUAUCAAACCAAAGCUAGUGUGGUUUUCCACUUAAUAGAUGUGAGGUGGUACUUUAAUAAUUGUUUAAUAAUUUUAUUAAUUAUUCUUAAUAAUUGUUUUAAUGUGCAUGUCUGUGAACCAUUAUUGUUAUGGGACAUUUCCCCAGUGUUUUAUCAUGUCAACAUUGUGUGACUGUUCUUAUCUGCUGUUGGAUAUGGAUGACAGGGUACUGGACACAGGGUGUUACUCUGAUAGAUUUUUUACAGUCCCCUAAAGCUUUUAAGUAUAAAACUUCUUGUACCUAUGGUAUUAACUCAAUUUCCCCCACUCUGUUGCUUUCAUUGUAAUCUCUUUUUUCUUCUAUGUAAUAUUUAAAAUUUAAAUACUUUAAACUCUUUUAGUUAAAAAGCUAUUUUAAAUUCACUCUUUUAUUUUUGGGGAGUUUAUUGUGAUAUGAGAUGAUAAUCUAAAUCAGUUUUUUGCUCUAUUGAUAUCCAAUUUUAUCAACAGAUUUUAUGUUUAGGUCUGUGGUCUAUUUUGAAUUAAUUUUUCUCUAUGGUGAGAGGUAGGGGUCAGAGUUCAUUUUUUCUUUAUGGAUAGCCUGUGGUUCCAGCACUGUCUGUCAUCCUUUCUUUAUUAAAUCACUUUAGCAUCACUAUAGACCCUUUAAAGGAAAGGCUAUUCUCCUUGGAUUUCUUAGUUAUCUUAGCAUGGAGAAAGAAGUUACUCCUUUCUUGUCUCCCAGCCCCUUUACUUAUAUCCAGAUAUAUUCUGGAUGUUCCUGAGUCCUGACUUGUAAGCCCAUGGGAUUUUCUCUGGUUGGCAAUGAGUUGUAGUGACUGGAUUAUCUGUUCUGUCUGGACACAGGAUGGCCAAUAUACCAGUGAAGGAACGAGUGAAGGUGUCUCAAAACUGGAGGUUGGGGCGCUGCCGAGAGGGGAUUCUGUUGAAGUGGAGAUGCAGUCAGAUGCCCUGGAUGCAGCUAGAGGGUGAUUCUCUGUAUAUAUCCCAGGCUAAUUUCAUCCUGGCCUAUCAGUUCCGUCCAGAUGGUGCCAGCUUGAACCGUCGGCCCCUGGGAGUCUUUGCUGGGCAUGAUGAGGAUGUUUGCCACUUUGUGUUGGCCAACUCACAUAUUAUCAGUGCAGGAGGAGAUGGAAAGAUUGGUGUUCAUAAGAUUCAUAGUACCUUCACUGUCAAGUACUCGGCUCAUGAUCAGGAGGUGAACUGUGUGGAUUGCAAAGGGGGCAUCAUCGUGAGUGGCUCCAGGGACAGGACGGCCAAGGUAUGGUCUUUGGCCUCAGGCCGGCUUGGGCAGUGCUUACACACCAUCCAGACUGAAGACCGAGUCUGGUCCAUUGCUAUCAGCCCAUUACUCAGCUCUUUUGUGACAGGGACGGCUUGUUGUGGGCACUUCUCACCCCUGAGAAUCUGGGACCUCAACAGUGGGCAGCUGAUGACACACCUGGGCAGUGACUUUCCCCCAGGUGCUGGGGUGCUGGACCUCAUGUAUGAGUCCCCUUUCACACUUCUGUCCUGUGGCUAUGACACUUACGUUCGAUACUGGGACCUCCGAGCCAGUGUCAGGAAGUGUGUCAUGGAGUGGGAGGAGCCCCACGACAGCACCCUAUACUGCUUGCAGACAGAUGGGAACCACUUGCUGGCUACAGGUUCCUCGUACUAUGGCGUUGUGCGACUGUGGGACCGGCGCCAAAGGGCCUGCCUACACGCCUUCCCGCUGACAUCGACACCCCUGAGCAGUCCUGUGUACUGCCUGCGCUUUACCACCAAGCAUCUGUAUGCUGCUCUGUCUUACAAUCUCCACGUCCUGGACUUUCAAAACCCGUGACAGUCAAGGCCACCUCAGCCUGUGGGCCCAGGAAGCCAGCUACUCAGGGACCUCUCCUGCUUGGAGGGUGCAGUAAUAACUUCUCCCCACCCCCGUGCCUGUGCUCCCAGACCUGCGACCACAGUGCUUGGGCACUUGAGCUAAAGGCUGCUGACUCGUGGGAAUCUGGAGUUACCCAAAGGCACAGUUCCUCCCAGGAACCAGUUGGAGAGAAGGGACCUGCUGCUUUAGGAGAGGCUGAACCCACUGGGCCUUCCUUUCCUGUUGGCCAGAGUAAGGAUCUGGCCUGGAGAGGCCCCCACUGCACUUCACCCCUUCUUAGAGCCAUGAUAGCUUAAAGUUAGGUGAGGUGUGUGCUGGCCUUUCCAGUGGUCCCUUUCUGCCCUUUCCCUGGAAGGGUGGCUGCCAAUACCACUGCUGGCACCAGCCCCUACCUCCUCAGUCAGACCCCACCUUUGACCAAGCUUUUUGAGCUGGGGACUCAUUCCUGGGGCACUGUGGCCUGGUUUCCCUUUGAAACCAAGAAAGGACAAAGGGAACCCAGCAGUUUUGAGUGAGUUCUAAGCCAGCCCCGUUCUAGGCCAGCUGUUGAGACAUGGUACAAUGUUCAUUUUUGUAAAAAUAAAGCUUAAUUGUUCACAGA